AUGGUUUCCUCAGCUAUCAACCCUACUACCAAGGACUCUUCCCUCGCCUCCGCCGCCUCCACCUCCCCAUACUUCACUUCCCUCUUCCGUCGCCGCCAACAAAAGAAGAUGAGCAUUACUCAAACAUACUACCUCGCCCAUACCGCUCGCAAGAAGCUUACCCGGGAAGCUUCGCGAGCGGAUCAUGAUCUACGAUUGCUCGUUGGCCACGCCAAUCUUCUCGAUUCUCUAAUGCUUGAUCUUGCCGAUGCCGAGCGGGAACAAGAACGCUGGUUCAACCAAACUGUUAGCGGUGCCACAAAAGCUCAAGAAGAGCCUCGACACAUUCAAUGGGCCUCGACCGUGGUCGAAGAGCCUGAGGACUGGGACCCGGAAGAUGCCUCCGAUCUGGACUCGGAUGUUAGCGAUAGUGAUGAGGAGGACGAUUCUGAUUUCGAGGAUUCCGGCUUUGCCAUCAAUGCUCCUAUCCGCCGUGCCCCAUCGCCAGUGGCGCCGGCCCCAGAGCCCAUCCUUAUGGAGGAUGAGGACGACGACACAGACAGCGAUUUUGAAUACGAUGAUGUGGAGGACCUUGAUGAUCUGAGCUUGACUCGAUCGCCUUCACGACAAUCUCCACCUGAGCUCCUCGCUGACUCGGAUGAUGAGUCCGAGGACGAUGCUCUUCCUCCUUCGCCGCCUCAACCGGCGCUUGAGGCCUUCGACGAGAAGGAAACCUCAUCAACUGCCAUCCCGUUGGGUGACUCUUCACCCCAUCUGUUCGAGCCUGGGUAUUACGUUUCACAGGAGCAGACCAUCAUCGAGGCGUACUAA